AUGAAAGAUGAAAUAUUUCAGGAAUGGGUUUUUAUCUACGAAAACUCAAGUCUCUGGGGAAAGACUUCCCUCAAGAGCCUGGGUAAAUUUCUGCAGAAGCUUAUUAUACCCUUUUUUAAACUCUUUUUAAACCUCAAGCGCCCCCCACCCGGUGCCCCCCGCCCGGUGCCCCCCGGGCCGGGCAGCAUGGCCGGGCCCCCCCUGGCCCUGACCGUGGCCCUGACGGUGGCCCUGACCGUGGCCCGCUGCCCCGCACAGGGGGUCGCCGCCGCCCACUUCUCCAUCCUGGACGAGGCGCAAGUGCUGGCCGGCCAGAUGCGGAGGCUGGCCACCGAGGAGCUGGGGGUCGUCACCAUGCAGCGGAUAUUCAACUCCUUUGUGUACACGGAGAAAGUCUCCAACGGAGAAAGCGAAGUGCAGCAGCUUGCCAAGAAAAUCCGAGAGAAGUUUAACCGUUACUUGGAUGUGGUGAAUCGGAACAAACAGGUCGUGGAAGCAUCAUAUACUGCCCAUCUGACAUCUCCGCUGACGGCGAUCCAAGACUGUUGUACCAUUCCACCGUCCAUGAUGGAGUUCGACGGAAAUUUCAACACCAAUGUGUCUCGAACCAUUAGCUGCGACAGACUGUCUACGACCGUCAACAGCCGAGCCUUCAAUCCCGGACGAGAUCUGAACUCAGUUCUCGCGGACAAUCUGAAGUCGAACCCUGGGAUCAAGUGGCAGUACUUCAGCUCCGAAGAAGGAAUUUUCACCGUGUUUCCUGCUCACAAAUUCCGGUGCAAGGGCAGUUAUGAACAUCGCAGCAGACCCAUCUACGUCUCAACCGUGCGGCCCCAGUCGAAACACAUCGUUGUCAUCAUGGACCACGGCGCUUCGGUCACGGAGACCCAGCUCCAGAUCGCCAAAGAUGCCGCCCACGUCAUCCUCAGCUCCAUCGAUGAACACGAUAAGAUCUCCGUGCUCACUGUGGCUGACACAGUCAGAACCUGCUCCCUGGAUCAGUGUUAUAAGACAUACCUGUCUCCAGCCACUAGCGAGACAAAAAGGAAAAUGUCUACCUUCGUUGGCAGCAUGAAAUCAUCUGACAGCCCUACCCAGCACGCAGUGGGAUUUCAAAAGGCAUUCCAGUUAAUGCGGAGCACAAACAAUAGUACAAAAUUCCAGCCAAAUACCGACAUGGUCAUAAUUUACCUGUCAGCUGGAAUUACAUCAAAGGAGUCUUCGGAAGAAGAUAAAAAGGCUACUCUCCGCGCCAUCAAUGAAGAAAAUAGCUUUCUCAACAACUCUGUAAUGAUUCUCACCUAUGCCCUCAUGAAUGAUGGGGUGACCGGCUUGAAAGAACUGGCCUUCCUGCGAGAUCUGGCCGAGCAGAACUCAGCCAAGUACGGCGUCCCUGACCGAAGCUCCUGGCCGGUGAUUAAAGGCAGCAUGAUGGUCUUGAACCAGCUGAGCAACUUGGAGACCACGGUGGGUAGGUUCUACACGAACCUGCCCAACCGGAUGAUCGACGAAGCCGUCUUCAGCCUCCCGUUUUCCGAUGAAAUGGGAGAUGGUUUGAUCAUGACGGUGAGCAAACCCUGUUACUUUGGGAACCUUCUCCUGGGGAUCGUCGGUGUGGACGUCAACCUGGCUUACAUCCUCGAGGAUGUGACCUAUUACCAAGACUCUCUGGCUUCCUAUACGUUCCUCAUAGACGAUAAAGGGUACACCCUUAUGCACCCGUCCCUUACCAGGCCCUAUCUACUCUCAGAACCCCCGCUUCACACCGAUAUUAUACAUUAUGAAAACAUUCCAAAAUUUGAGUUGGUUCGGCAGAACAUCUUAAGCCUCCCCUUGGGCAGUCAGAUUAUUACAGUCCCAGUGAACUCUUCGCUGUCUUGGCACAUAAACAAACUGAGAGAGACCGGGAAAGCAGCCUACAACGUUAGCUACGCCUGGAAAAUGGUCCAGGACACCUCCUUCAUCCUAUGCAUCGUGGUGAUCCAGCCAGAAGUCCCCGUCAGACAGCUGAAGAACCUCAACACGGUGCCUAGCAGCAAGCUCCUGUACCACCGGCUAGAUCUGCUAGGCCAGCCCAGCGCCUGCCUCCAUUUCAAGCAGCUGGCCACCCUAGAAAGCCCCACGGUCAUGCUGUCUGCAGGGAGCUUCUCUUCCCCUUAUGAACACCUAAGCCAGCCGGAGACCAAGCGCAUGGUGGAGCACUACACCGCCUAUCUCAGUGACAACACCCGCUUGAUUGCUAAUCCCGGGCUUAAGUUCUCUGUCAGAAAUGAAGUAAUGGCUACCAGUCACGUCACAGAUGAAUGGAUGACCCAAAUGGAAAUGAGUAGCCUGAACACUUACAUUGUCCGCCGUUACAUAGCAACGCCCAAUGGGGUCCUCAGAAUUUACCCUGGUUCUCUCAUGGACAAAGCAUUUGAUCCCACCAGGAGACAAUGGUACUUGCACGCCGUGGCUAAUCCGGGAUUAAUUUCCCUGACCGGUCCUUACUUAGAUGUUGGAGGAGCUGGCUACGUGGUUACCAUCAGUCAUACGGUUCACUCUUCCAGCUCUCAGUUGUCUUCCGGGCACACUGUGGCUGUAAUGGGCAUCGAUUUCACCCUGAGAUAUUUCUACAAAGUUUUAAUGGAUCUAUUGCCAGUUUGUAACCAAGAUGGAGGCAACAAAAUAAGGUGCUUCAUUAUGGAGGACAGAGGAUACCUGGUGGCCCAUCCCACGCUUAUCGACCCCAAAGGCCACGCCCCCGUGGAGCAGCAGCACAUCACGCACAAGGAACCCUUGGUGGCCAACGACAUCCUCAACCAUCCCAACUUCGUCAAGAAGAACUUGUGCAACAGCUUCAGUGACAGGACAGUUCAACGGUUUUACAAAUUUAAUACCAGCCUCGUGGGGGAUUUGACAAACCUUGUGCACGGCAGCCACUGUUCCAAAUACCGACUGACCCGGAUUCCAGGCACCAACGCCUUUGUCGGCAUCGUCAACGAAACCUGCGACUCUCUGGCCUUCUGCGCUUGCAGCAUGGUGGACCGCCUGUGCCUCAACUGUCACAGAAUGGAGCAGAACGAGUGUGAGUGUCCCUGCGAAUGCCCCUUGGAGGUGAACGAAUGCACCGGCAAUCUCACCAACGCAGAGAGCCGAAAUCCAAGUUGCGAAGUCCACCAGGAACCGGUAACGUACACGGCCAUCGAUCCUGGCUUACAGGACUCUCUCCACCAGUGUGUCAACACCAGGUGCAGCCAGAGGAUGGAAAGCGGAGAGUGUUUCGGCGUGUUGGAUUGCGAGUGGUGCAUGGUGGACAGCGAUGGAAAGACCCAUCUGGACAAGCCGUACUGUGCGUCGCAGAAAGAAUGCUUUGGGGGCAUCGUAGGGGCCAAAAGCCCUUAUGUGGACGACAUGGGAGCUAUAGGCGACGAGGUCAUCACCCUGAACAUGAUCAAGAGUGCCCCGGUGGGUCCCGUGGCCGGAGGGAUCAUGGGAUGCAUCAUGGUGCUUGUCCUGGCAGUGUAUGCGUACCGCCACCAAAUCCAUCGCAGGAGCCAUCAGCAUAUGUCCCCGCUGGCCGCCCAGGAAAUGUCCGUGCGAAUGUCCAACCUGGAAAAUGACCGAGACGAGAGAGAUGACGACAGCCACGAGGACCGCGGGAUCAUCAGCAACACGCGGUUCAUAGCAGCGGUCAUUGAGCGGCACGCCCACAGCCCGGAGCGGAGGCGACGCUACUGGGGUCGGUCGGGGACAGAGAGCGACCACGGUUAUAGCACUAUGAGCCCCCAGGAGGACAGCGAAAAUCCCCCCGGCAACAACGAUCCCCUGUCGGCCGGGGUCGACGUGGGAAACCACGACGAGGAUUUGGACCUCGACACCCCUCCCCAAACGGCCGCUCUGUUGAGCCACAAAUUUCACCACUACCGGCUCCACCCGCCCUCCCUCCAUCACAGCCACCACUUACAGGCGGCGGUCACAGUACACACUGUCGAUGCAGAAUGCUAGGGACCUCUCGACCCGAUCGGGGUGUGAAGAGGCAGAAGACGGAGCCACUUGCAGCAAGAGACCACUUCUAUCUGUGCUUGGCCGGGAAUUGUUACGGCCCCCUCCUCCCGCCGCCCCGCAAGCCCCGUUUCCGGCCCGUUGGAGAACAAGGACCGAACCUUUCUAGCUGCCGGACGGCGAAGCCGGCUCCGAAACGGAGGGGAGAGAUGGGGGAAGGCGGGUUCGGCUAAUGGCGUUCUGCUCGCCCAAACCUCAAAGGAGACCCGCCAAAAACCCAGGGAAGGCCACCCUGACGGAAAGGGGUGGUCUCAUCGAGCCUCCGAUCGGUCUCCAACAGGUACACGGCUAUCACCUGGCUGCACGGGACUUAAGCUGGGCGGGGCGAAACAGGGCAUCUCAAAAGUUUUUAAGUAAAGGAUUAUUUUUCUACUAUUUAUUGAACUUGACGUACGUGAACUCUGGAGGGAAAGGACGAGGAAGCCACUGUCAGCGUACCCACCGAACCUCCUCCCCGGCCCUCUGUGGCGAGCGGCGGGCAGGCGGUCUGUCUUGAAGACACCCACCCCCUGCCCCGCUCCAUCGGAUGGUUGGGGUCGGGGGUGGAAAGGAAAUGAAGAAAUCCUUCUCUGCCCUGUUUACAUUCAUUUUCUUCCCCACCACCCCUCGGCGAGACCGCGCCUCGAUUUGUGACUUGGCGUCCUUCGUCGUGGACGUCUCUGCUAGGACCCCGUUGGGAUGGCCUCCUUGUAAACCUUCCUCUUGCCCCCCAGAAUUCCUUUUUUUCCACUUUUCUGUCACCCCGUCAUUUCCCCAUCCCCACCAUCUCCCCAGGAGACCCAACCAACUCCGCAAAUCCAGCCUUCCCGCCAAGAGAGGACGAUGCAUUCCUCUUGCAGUAAAACGGUAUUUGGGAACCACAAAUUGCCCCAGUUUUUUACCGGUGAUAUAUCCCCCCUUUUGCGUCUGAGUCUGAGGAAUCUGGAGCAUACCAGGGGAGAGGAAAAGCGGUGCGUUGCCGAAUUCUGGAUCUUCUAAAAGGUUUUCUUGGGAAAUCCAGAGUGCUCUAGAAUGCAAUCCAGAAUGUAACACUGCUCUGCGAUGCUUCGGUGGAUUAAUCAGGUCUAUCGUAUACAACACGGGGGGCGUCGGAAUUUGAAAUUAGUGGUCUACUCACAGUGUUGUAUUUUAGAUGCACAUUUUGUGAUUCAGACAUAAAGGCAUCCUCGCACUGUGCUUAUGGUAAAUUUCCAUUUAUAUGUAGUUUAAAAAACAUACUGAUACUGUUUUAAUGAUAGGGUACUUAAAUACUGUUAUGUAAAAAUUUGGUUCUUAAACAGUACGGUAAGUAACUAUGUGUGCUAUCAGGAAACCCCUUUAUACUAUGUAUAAAAUUGCAGUCUCUAGUGAAAUAAACUGUAUAUAAAGUCGG